CAUUGAACGUCACGUCACUGGGGCUUCCACAGCAAUGAUACUACAACACGUUUAUGUUAAUCAGGCGCUCCAGUCCACUCGGGUGAGUGAGGCGCGUGCUGGUGGGGACAAAAGCCCACGCAGCUGCUCCCAUUGCUCAGUCGGGAGGAGGAGGGACGCCCGCGCCACUUGCUGUGGGAUAGACCGACAUCUCAUGGACUCCACGCUGGCUCUACUCUCUCAUUAUGCGUGUCCCGUCUUAACUAACUUCCACCUGUUUUCAUGUGUUUUAUGUCUUUGCGCUCCACUGUGAGGUAGAGCCUUUCUGUUUUGCUUCUUUUACACCGACGUUCCACUCUCCCGUGGAUGCUACUGCCGGGGUCGUUGUUCGAGUUCAGUGGGACCAGCCCGGUUCCUGUUCUUUCCAAACACAUGAGGAUUAUAUCUGCGGAGAUGCUGCUCAUUCUGUGGCUGCUACCUCUCAGCGGAGCUGCUCCAACCGAGCAAGACGACACCGGAGUGGACUGGCUGAGCAAGUUUGGUUACCUCCCGCCCGCCGACCCUGUGACUGGCCAACUUCAGACCAAGGAGGCCCUGACCAAGGCUAUCAAGGCCAUGCAGAAGUUUGGAGGACUCACUGAGACUGGAGUUUUUGACCAAGCUACGUUGGGUCUAAUGAAAACACCCAGAUGUUCUCUGCCAGAUGUCUCUGAGACUGAAGUGACGGCGGGACGCAGAAAACGAAGCCUGACUCCUCCCAACAAAUGGAAAAAGAGGCAUUUGUCCUGGAGAGUGCGGACCUUCCCGAAGGAUUCGGCCUUACUGGGCAGGGACACGGUUCGAGCCCUCAUGUAUUACGCCCUGAAGGUGUGGAGUGACAUCGCACCGCUGAACUUCCACGAGGUGGCAGGAAGCAACGCCGACAUUCAGAUCGACUUCACCAAAGCCGACCACAAUGAUGGAUAUCCCUUUGACGGGCCCGGGGGUGCUGUGGCCCAUGCUUUUUUUCCGGGAGAGAGGUUCACCGCUGGGGAUACGCACUUUGACGACGACGAGGCUUGGACCUUCAGAUCACCAGACUCCCACGGGAUGGACCUGUUUGCCGUGGCCGUCCAUGAGUUUGGUCACGCCAUCGGUCUGGUCCACACCUCAGCCAUGGAGUCCAUCAUGAGACCGUACUACCAGGGUCCUGUAGGAGACCCUCUGAAGUAUGACUUACCUUAUGAAGACAAGGUCCGAGUCUGGCAGCUCUAUGGUGUUCGUGACUCUGUGUCCCACACGAACCAUCCAGGCACCCCUCAAACAUCUGAACCUCCCAUCCUGUUGGACAUUCCACAAAACAAAUCCAUUCUGCAGCUUGCACGAGACACUCCAGACAGAUGCAGCAGCUACUUUGAUGCAGUGGCCCAGAUACGAGGAGAGGCCUUUUUUUUCAAAGGGAAGUACUUUUGGCGUCUCACUCGAGAGAAGCACCUGGUGUCGCUGCGUCCCGCUCAGAUCCACUGGUUCUGGAGGGGCCUGCCCGCCAACCUGGACAGCUUGGACGCCGUGUACGAGAGACCCGGAGACCACAAAAUAGUCUUUUUUAAAGGUCUCAAGUACUGGCUGUUUAAAGACAACAUCAUGGAGGAGGGCUACCCCCGCCCCAUCAGCGACUUCGGCCUGCCUUUGGAGGGAGUGGACGCGGCGUUUGUGUGGCCGCACAAUGAGAAAACCUACUUCUUCAAAGAUGGCCGCUACUGGCGCUACGAUGACCACCUGAGACGCAUGGAUCUGGGCUACCCGAAGGACAGCACGCUGUGGAAGGGGCUGCCGCCGCAACUGGAUGACGCCAUGAGGUGGUCUGACGGUUCGUCCUACUUCUUCAAGGGGAAGGAGUACUGGCGUGUGCCCAGCAGCGACAUGGAGGUGGAGGAGGGCUACCCCCGCCUCAUCGCCAAAGACUGGCUGCUGUGCACCGAAAUGCAGUCGGACUCUCCGGGCGCGGAGCCCAAAGACACCAGAAUCAACGUGCGCCAACACCCAGACCACGCCGAGAACGGCUACGAGGUGUGCUCGUGCACGUCGGACACGGCGUCGCCUCUCGGCGCCCGGCCCUCCCCGUCCCCCUUGUGGCUGCUGCCGCCUCUCUGGACGCUCUGGCUCACCCUCUGCUCUCAACCGCUAUGAUGCCAAAAGCCAGCGCACGCCGUUAGCGAGCACUCAGCAGAAACAGGACGGUUGCUUUUGGAAUUAUUUAUUUCACCAUCCUUCUGGCAGCUGGAGCUGUUUUGUUUACAGAAUCAGCAACAUAAAUAUUCUUGUGUUGCAUCCAGGAAGUAGCAAACAUGGGGCCACAAAAUGAAACGUACGAUACCCAAACAUAACGUCUUUACUGUUUUUCAAGAAAGUAUCAUGUGUGUUUGAGUAUGACAGCAAGAACAUGAAAACACGGAUGGUUUUUUUGUCACUGUCCACUACAAAUGGCCAAAAAAAAAAAAACACCUAAAAAGACGAUUCUUUAUGUCCAAAGUGCGGCCCGGGGGCCAUUUGCGGCCUCUUUUUUUUCCCCAUUGGCCCACAGCACAUAAUAAGUAUAUAAUUAACAAUAACAAAAUUAGAAUAAUCAUCCGGAUUUUUACAACAACAAAAUCGAAAUAGUUGAGUUAAAAAAAAGCUACAAUACAGCAAAAAAUGUUUUAUAAGAACGUAGAAUAAUAUUAUUUAUUUUAACGUUUAGUAGCAUGAAGUUGAAAUUAUGAGGAAGAAAAAAAAUGAUGUUAUGAGUCAGAAUGUUAUGGGAAUAAAAUCAUAAUAACCAGAAGAAUAUUUAGAAGAGGAAAGUUGUUAAACAUCGUUUUUAAUGUAACAAAAAACAGCAGAAAUUAAAAAUUGACGGGAACAAAACUUUACAAGAAUAAAGUCAUACAUUUAUUAGAGAAAAAAGUCGUGAAUUUGUGAGAAUGAAGUCGUACAUUUUCGUGAAUUAAAACAAAAAAAAGGAAAAUAUCUAAUAAACACCCACGGCAAGCUGAAACUCAACUCUGAACCGUCACUUCCUGUCCGCCUGCCACUCUGCUCCCCUAGGGAACAAAUACUGUCUGAUUUAUGUCUAUUUACUCUUUUUAUGUCAACUAUUUUGGGUAAUAGAGGUAUAAAGGUGACUAUAGGGGUGUCAUUUCCUGUCUAGAGGGCUCUAAUGAUGUUAAAAAUCGUAUUUAGAAGGUCGUAAGCAGGUUUUCUGUGCGCUAACGACAAAAAUCCCAAAUCUCGUACCAAUUAACCGCGAUAAACGAGGGAUUACUGUCACCUUUCACACAGACAGUGUCCCGCCUUUGUUACGGUUCUGUGGAAAAUUGCCAAGUUGGCUUUCCUCGCCGUUCUGUGAGUGUCACAAUAAAAAGUGUUUGUGUUUCCUGGUUUUGUCAGCAACAACAGAUGCUUGGUUCCAAGGUUUAGUACGACCGUUUGAGCUGAAGCCACAUCAGCUCAAACAUCCACCGUCUAAACUUGUACAAGCUGAUUGCUGCCAGGAGAACAUCUGGCUUCCACUUUUGGAGCCAAAGUUGCCAACUUUCAAAGUGAUGGUUUCCUCGCACACACACAAAAAAAAGAAAAUCCCUUAACUGCUCCCUCGAGGAGACGAGCGGCCGCUCUCGUUUUUUGCCUUUUGCAACACUUUAUCAAUUUCCCAUCUGCUUCAGCGGCGUGGGCCGCUCCCGCUGCAGCUUCUUUGAGAUUGUGUUGAUCAUGUCAUUGAGGCCUGAUUGAGUCGUUUGCUGGAAAUGUUCUAUUUCUCUGUAAGACCCGCCAUGUUGGACUGGAGGGGUUCUGCACUUACUGCAAAAUUUAGUGUAUAUUUUAAGUUGGAUUUUGUAUUGUAAAAUAUUUUUAUAGAAAAAAAUUGAAAUGUAUAUGAUGGACUGAUCUCUAUUGAGGUGUUGUCUUCUUUUCUUGCUCUUCAUCUUGUCCGUCAGCUCGCAAACACACACUUGCACACAUACACACACACACACAACAAAGUAUUUAAUAUGCUAGUCAGUGUCAAAACCCCGCCUUUUUUAAAAUGAUUUUGUUAUUAAUAAUGUUUACCGAGAAGGCUUUGGCUCUCCAUUGAGGAGGUAAGCGAAGCAAUGCUCCUUUUCGCCACUUGGUGGCAGUGUUGGCGAGGGGACGCGAAUAGGAAGUUUGCUUUAGGACCGUCGUAGAAAACAUUUGUUAUUUUUGUGUGGUAGCUUUACCUAUGUACGACCAAUAAUUGCAAAGAGCUUGUAUUUUAUAAUGUGUAGGCAAAAUACAUGUAGUUGUGAGCCACGCACGUUUAGAAUGUAAGCCUAAUUUAAAACACACGCUUUGUGUUUUGUUUUUCUCCUGAGGUCGUCUCAUAAUAACGGCAGUGAUUAAAUUCAUCAUAUUUACAGGUGGGUGGCGAAACGAAUAAGGUAUAAGAUUUUUGAGCAUCGUGGGAAACGGAAAAGCUGUCACUGGCAUUAAACGAACACAACAGUAGAGACAAAUGCCUGCUGUGCUGGACGUGUACAUUUUGUGUGCUUUAUCGCCCUCUGCUGGUCAUAAAAUCAUUUCAUUGCACCGUGUUUACCAUGUUUUUAGAACCCUGACGCUUUCUACCAAUAGUAUGUCAUUCAUAUUAGUAGUAAUUCAAGUACUGUUAUUCAAGUGGAUUUUGUAAGUCUUAUCUUGCUAGUUUUUGAAAAAAUUGUGAUUGUUAUAUGAUUACAGGCUGCAUGGUAAAUAGUUAGCGCGCAGGCCACACAGCUCAGAGAUGGGGGUUCGAUUCCAACUUUGAGGAUCUGGGUGGAGUUUGCAUGUUCUCCCUGUGCAUGCGUGGGUUUUCUCCGGGUACUCCGGUUUCCUCCCACAUUCCAAAAACAUGCUAGGUUAAUUGGCCACUCCAAAUUGUCCAUAGGUAUGAAUGUGAGUGUGAAUGGUUGUUUGUCUAUAUGUGCCCUGUGAUUGGCUGGCCACCAGUCCAGGGUGUACCCCGCCCCUCGCCCCAAGACAGCUGGGAUAGGCUCCAGCAUGCCCGUGACCCUCGUGAGUAUAAGCGGUACACACACACACAUAUGUACAUUCAUACAUACAUAGUACAUACAUACAUACAAGCAUAAACACACACACAUACAUGCAUAUAUACAUACACACACACUGCAUGCAUACAUACAUACACACACACACACACACAUACAUGCAUAAACACAUACACACAUACAUGCAUAUAUACAUACACACACACUGCAUACAUACAUACACACACACACACACACAUACAUACAUGCAUAAACACACACACACAUACAUACAUACAUACAUACACACACACACUACAUACAUACAUACAUACAUCAACACAUACA